UGGCCUCCUCCUCGUCCUUCCCGCGCCUCUGCCGCCUGCGUCCUUGCCUCCCGGAGGGACCGUCGCGCCUGCGAAGAAGCCGCGCGCAGGCCUGCCCGACCGCCGCGACUUCGACAUAGUCUCUUUAGGAACGACACGGACUCCCUCCCGCCAGACAACCGCUCCUCGGCCGCCCGAAGCAGCCGGGGCUCGGGCAGCGAACGCCGGGCCGACCCCGGCGGCGGCAGUGAGUCCCAGCGGCCCUGCCCCGCAACCACACCCGCUGGCUCCCGCUUUCUCCUGUCCUGGCAGGCCGCGAACCCCGACCCCGGAUAGGAUGGCCACCACCGUGUGAUUGACUGGCUGAGCUCCCUGAGGCCCGGCUCCCGGAAAGCGCGGACCCUCUGACUUGGGGGCAAGGAAAAGGGCAAGAGCGGUACUCGGGCCCUCGUGGACUGUGACGCGCGAAGUCCACCCACCUCGCGCCUGCUUGGGGAGUGUCUGGUAUUCUGAGCCGGUGUUGGUAGAAUUGGCGCCGUUGAUAGUAGGGAAAUGGCGAUGACCCUGCUGGAAGACUGGUGCAGGGGGAUGGAUAUGAACUCCCAGAGAGCACUGCUGGUCUGGGGGAUCCCAGUGAACUGUGAUGAGGCUGAAAUCGAAGAGACCCUCCAGGCCGCGAUGCCCCAAGUGCCCUAUCGAGUUCUUGGGAGAAUGUUCUGGAGGGAAGAGAAUGCAAAAGCAGCCUUACUAGAGCUCACGGGCGCUGUGGAUUACACCGCCAUCCCCAGGGAGUUGCCGGGCAAAGGAGGGGUCUGGAAGGUGGUGUUUAAGCCCCCGACUUCCGAUGCAGAAUUUUUAGAAAGGUUGCACCUUUUCUUAGCUCGCGAGGGCUGGACCGUGCAAGAUGUUGCACGUGUCCUUGGGUUUCAAAACCCGGCCCCGGCCCCGGCCCCCGCCCCCGCCCCAGCCCCAGAACUGCCAACAGAGAUGUUAAACUAUAUUUUGGAUAAUGUUAUUCAGCCCCUUGUUGAGUCUAUAUGGUACAAGAAGCUGACACUGUUCUCAGGGAGGGACAUCCCAGGCCCCGGGGAGGAGACUUUUGACCACUGGCUGGAACAUACUAAUGAGGUCAUAGAGGAGUGGCAGGUGUCUGAUGUAGAAAAGAGGCGGCGGUUGAUGGAGAGUCUUAGAGGACCGGCCGCUGAUGUCAUUCGCAUCCUCAAGACCAACAACCCUUCCAUAACCACUGCCGAAUGCCUGAAGGCGCUUGAGCAGGUGUUUGGGAGCGUGGAGAGCUCAAGGGAUGCCCAGGUCAGGUUUUUAAACACUUACCAGAACCCGGGAGAAAAGUUAUCGGCUUAUGUCAUUCGUUUAGAGCCUCUGCUGCAGAAAGUGGUGGAUAAGGGGGCCAUUGAUAAAGAUAAUGUGAACCAGGCCCGCCUGGAGCAGGUCAUUGCCGGGUCCACCCACAGCGGGGCCAUCCGAAGGCAGCUGUGGCUGACUGGGGCUGGGGAGGGGCCGGCCCCUAACCUCUUCCAGUUGCUUGUGCAGAUCCGUGAGGAGGAGGCCAAAGAGGAGGAGGAAGAAGCGGAGGCAGCCCUCCUGCAGUUAGGCUUGGAGGGGCACUUCUGAGUUCCAGGAACCCGGUUUUAAUGGAGACCCUAGAUCACAGCUGCUUUUCUUGUUCCUGUGUGGUCUCUGAGUAGUAAGGACUCAGCUGUUCUCAGUUGUGUGUGUGUGUGUGUGUGUGUGUGUGUGUGUGUGUUUGUGUUUUCCAGGUAGGGGUAGGGGGAGCCAGGCCUGCAACUUCAUGUAACAUUAGUAAAAUUGUGCAGUCAAGCACCUCGAGCUGCUCUAACACCACAAGUCAUAGUCAUUCCGGCCAAAAUGUCAGGUAAAAAGGUUGGACACAAGUGCUCAGUGCAAGCUGUCACUGCUGCAUCAUUGUCAGUUGUGGAAAACAACCUGUGACACUUUUCAUGGAGAUGAUUCAAUGUGAAAUUGCAUGUUCAGAUGUUUAGCUGGUAUCUGGCUAACAGGUGUUCUGUUAAAAUGUGAACUCUUAUUAUUGUUGCUUGGAGUUUGUUCACUGUAAAUUGUACUAAUUUUUAUGAAUGGAAAGAAAUGUGAAUUUAAUACUCAAGUUUACAAAGCAAACUUAUGUCUCAUCUUUAAAGAUCUAGAAGUUUUAUUGAAUAUAUGCUAAGACUACAAAAUGGGGUGUUAGGCAAAUGGUGCAGUUACGGAGCUGUGAGUCUGGUUUUUCUCUGUAACAUGCAGGUGUAAGUCACCUGGGAGGUCUGAUGAACGUUACAGUAAUCCAUUCCUCCAUUUCAAAUCUUUGUCAUGGGAUAGUUCUUGUUCACGCUGAUUUUAAGUGUUCUAAAUUUUGAA